AUAUUUAUACCAGUUCGUUUCAGUUCAACCAUCAAUGCCUGAUGGAUCAGAUGCAGAGUACGCUGCCAACAAAGACUCAUCUGAUGAUGAAUGCGGCCGCGCUAAAAAACACAAUAGAAAGUGCAAGGCUGAUGACAGUAGCUCAAAAAGGGUCUAGAACAACCUUCCAUACAGCCCACAGAACCCCAUAUAUGUGCUGGGGAAGAUCAGGCCUAAGAAAGAACAAUCCGUGUGCUGCCUGCAAAUGCCCUGAAUGUGGCAAGCCUUGCCGGAUCUUUGACCAGAAAGAUCUUUCCGAUCGGUUGCACUGUAGGGGCCUCAGUAUCUCAAAAUGGAGUCUAAUGGAGAUGCUACCAUCAGAUCAAAUGCUAAAACAUCAUCAUAUUCACAACGUCCUCUUCGAUUUCGAAAUGCUCCUACCACGGAAGAGACACAUUCGAGUGUGCCCUAAUUGUAAAAGACCGUUCAGGGCUGCAGAAAUUCAAGCUCCAAAUAUAAGGUGUCUGUUUUCAAGUACUGGACAAUCUCCAAUGAAUUGUCAAGAUCUCCCUACUUCCUGUGAUAUUCAAGAGAUGUUCCGGUGA